UUGCUAAACGUCAAAAACACGCGUGUAAACGUCAAAACACUUAACCUCAAAAUUUGUCAAAAACAAAUGGUGUUUUGUGUAAUAACUAAAACAAAGUUGAAUUAACUGUGGCCUCUUUCACUAAAUAAAUUACAUAAAUAUAAGGCUUCGUUAAACAUGGCGAAAGCUAAAAAUAAACGAAACUCAGGACUUGCUGACAAAGUUCACAACAAGAGAAAAGGCGAUGUUCACAAGAAAAAGUUGAAUCCUUUCGAGGUGCACAUCAACAGAGAGAAGAUGAAGGUGCUGGGGCAGAAGUCCAAGCACGAGCGUGGCAUGCCGGGCGUCGCGCGCGCGCGCGCCGUGCAGAAGCGUAAAGAAACCCUCGGCACAGAGAUGAAGCUGAUGCACAAGACGAACGUGUUCACGGACCGGCGCAUCGGGGAGAAGGACUCGGCGCUGUCGGCCGAGGAGCGCGCCACGGCGAGGUUCGCGGCGGAGCGCGCGCGCCGCCCGCGCCCCGCGCUCUACAACCUGGCCGACGACGAGCUGCUCACACACAGAGGGCAAACAUUGGAGCAGAUAGAAAAGUUUGAUGACCCGAGAUCCUCAGAUGAUGAAGACGAUGAUGAUGGCCGGAAGGCAUUCCGUGGAUUAGAUGACGAGUUCGUGUCGGAGGGCCACUUCGGCGGCGGCAUGCUGUCGCGCGGCGCGGGGGGCGCGGGGGGCGGGGCGCGCUCGCACCAGGACCUCAUUGACCAGCUCAUCGCCGACAGCAAGCGCCGCAAGGCCGACAAGCAGAAGCUCAAGGAGCAGACACUCGACUUGACGGAGAAGUUGGACAGCGAGUGGCGCGACCUGCAGCCCGUGGUGGCGAAGCGCGCGCGCGCCGCGUCCCCCCCCGCGCCCGCCGCGCCCCCCGCCCCCGCCCCCGGCGACCCCCCCCUCACGCGGGCGGAGCGGGCGGCGCUCGACUACGAUCAGAUGACGAGGGAGCUGCGGUUCGAGAAGAGAGGCACCCCGUCGGACGGUCUGAAGAGCCAAGAAGCGCAAGAGGAAGAAGAGAGAAAGCAGCUGGCGGCGUGGCAGAGGGAGCGAGACAGACGCAUGCGGGGGGAGGAGGGGGAGGGAGCGCCCGCACACACACACAGGUCUGCGGAGGAUCUAGACGACAACCUUGAGCUGGAGGCGGCGGCGGAGGGCUUCAUGCUGGCGUACGACGACGAGGGACGAGCGCUUGGGGACGAGGCAGUGCUUACACAACAUUCUGGAUUUCCAAGUGAAAAGAAACAAUUUCAAGAUGGCGGCUCUGAUGAGUCGUCUGAUGAAGAGGAUGGGGAGGAGGGGAGCAGCGAGGGGGGCGAUGAUGAUGAUGAUGAUGGUGGUGAUGACGACGAACAGACCCCCGCCGACAAAACAUCUUCAAAAAAGAUUGAUAAUAAAAAGAGCAAAGAAGCUAAACCAAAUGAAACUAGCAUACUUUUUCAAAAUCAAACAUCUGAUGAGGACGAUGAUGAUGAAGAUGAAGAUAAAAAUGGUGGUGAUGAUGAUAAAGACAAUGAAACAACAGAUGAUGAUGAUGACGAUGAAACAGAGGAGAAAAACAGUGAGAAAGACAAUGAUAGCACGAAAAUCAAUAGUGUUAAAACAAAUGGUUUACCGAAAGAAGAUUCAAGUGAAAGUGACAGUGAUUCAGAUACAGAGCCGGCAGAAAGUGAGAAAAAAAAUGAAAAUAAAGUAGAUGAUAUCAGUAAUUUAAGAGUUCUGUUGGAGUCAGAGGCGGAGAGUGAGGACGAGGAGCAGCAGGCUGAGGACGACGAGAGGAUAUCCACCUUCUUCAAGACAAUGUCCACCGAGGGGUACAAGCUGAAGGCGCUGCUGUCGGACAAGUCCCCGGCGGCGCAGGCGGCGGCGCUCGCUCGGCUCGUGAAGCAGUACGACCCCUCUAAAGGAGAGGGGAACAAGGAGAAGCUGUCCCAGCUGUUCCCGUACGUGGUCCAGUUCAUUCACGACGCGUGGGGCGCCCCCUCCUCCGCCGCGGGGGUGUCCCACGCCGCGCGCACGCUGCACCACCUCGCGCCGAUACUGUACGACCUGGCCAAGGUCAACAAGGUGUCGUCCAUGAAGUGUAUCGUCGAGGUGCUGAAAGAGAAGCACGACUUGUUCUUGAAAUGUCCGAAGCGAGUGCCAGAUCUAGACACACUGGUACUGUUCAAGCUAGUAUCUCUACUGUACCCAGGCUCAGACUACCGUCAUCCGGUCGCCACGCCCGCGCUGGUGUUCAUGCAGCAGAUCCUCACCCGGGGCAGGUUCCGGGACCCACAGUCGAUAUCCCGGGGCUUGUUCGUGGCCGCCUUGAUCCUCGAGUACACUGCGCUGUCGAAGCGCCUCGUCCCGCCCGUGAUCAACUUCCUCCGCGGCCUCCUGUACAUGGCCGCGGACAUUCCCAUAGUCAGUCAGAUACAGGUGGUGCCGCCGUUCCGCGCGCGCGACGCGGGCCUGCUGCGCGUGUCCGCGGACUGUCCGCCGCUGUCCGCCGCGGACAAGAUGGCCGCCGGCGACCUGUUCACCGACGAGUUCACCGACGAGUUCAAGGUCCGCGUCGUGUCCACGUGUGUGGCCAUGCUGCGGGAGCUGUUCGACAACUCGUCUGAUCUAGAAGCGCAGGAGUGCAUCUUCCGUCCGCACCUGCAGUUGCUGGCGCUGGUCCCGCUCCCCCCCGCCCCCGCCGCCGCCGCCCCCGCCCCCGCCGCCGCCGCCGCCGCCGCGCUGCAGCACAUGACGCGCGCGCUGGAGGUGAAGACCUACACGCACAUGUGUGGAGAGAAGAAGAAGACCAAGAUGCUGAGACUGUACGAGCCCGACGUGCAGGACGUGUUCACGGGCUCGAAGUCCGCCAAGCUGUCGGUCGAGGCGUCAUCGCGCGCCCGCCUCACGAGCCGCCUGCGCCGGGAGCGCCGCGGGGCCGCGCGCGAGCUGCGCCGCGACGCCGCCUACCUCGCCGGGGAGAAGCUCAGGGGCAAGAUACGCAGCGACAACGAGCGCAAGGCGAAGGUGAAGCGCAUCUACGCGGAGGCGGCGCUGCAGCAGGGCGAGCUCAACGCGCUCAAGAGGCAGAAGUAGACCCCCUCGCCGCCACGCGGGGUCACGAGGCGGGAGUAGACCCCCUCACCGCCACGCAGGGUCACGAGACGGGAGUAGACCACCUCACCGCGACGCGGGGCCACGAGGCGGGAGUAGACCCCCUCACCGCCACGCAGGGUCCUCGAGAUCCAUGCUCUCAAGAAGCAGGAGUAGACCACACACAGCAUCGCUGUAUUCAGAGAAAGAGCGGAAAACUUAUAAGCGCUACCUUUUUCGUACUUUUUGCCGAACCAGCGCUGAUAAGCGCGGAAAAAGUAUCCAUAGUCAUGUAUACGCUUAUAAGUUUCCAGCUUUCUUUCUGUAUACGGCCCAACGCUGGGUUCACACGGCUUUGGCCUGUACGGUUUUAAUUUGUAAAAUUGUACAAACGGUAUUGCAGUACAAACGGCAAAGUAUGCUCCAUUAAAAGACGUAUACAUACUGCAAAAAAACUUAAAUACGUGCAGUACAAUGCCGUGUGAAACAAGGCUAACAGACACGUUAUAUUAUAGUGAUGUGUAAUAGCUACUAUAGUGUGUCAUUUGUAAAUAUUGUAAUGUAAGAAUAUAAUUAUUGACGUAAAUGUACUCGUAUUAUUCAAUACCUAAUUAGUUAAGAGAUCGCUCAUAGUAAUUGCUCGUCAGCAGUUUGUAGAAAUACAUUCAAAACCCAAUAAAUACAUAAAAUAUCUUGCAAUAAAACCGUCUGUAGGCUAGGCUUCAGAAAGCAUGUAAAAUUCGCUUAUUAUUUCUAUCACAGUCAUGCAUUUUGGACAUAGCAUAAAAAGUAGUCAAAAACUUAUUUGAUUGAAAAAUAUGUUUAAAUAUAUUUUAAUUAUAAUUUGUGCUUAAUAUAACAAUAUAAUUAUGUAGUGUACAGUAAUAAUACAAUAGGUAAGCAUAUCUUAAAACAAGACCGCAGUACAAAACAGGCCAUUA